UUCACAAUGGGAUGGCUGACGGGAUACAUGUUUAUCGCGGUACUCUUCUCACAUUCUGCAGGACUUUUCCUAACCAUCGCACCAAGCAAAAUACAAUACAUUGGCAGGAAUGACGUCACCAUCCGCUGUGAACUUGGUGAGACUGAAAUAGCAAACCUAGGAUGGAUGCAAAUAUUGAAACAGAACCUAUUAAUGGAGAAGAGGCCAUUUCUAUCACUGAGAGUAAUUGACGGUGUGGGACCGGAAUGGGGUUCCGGAAUAGAUGUUGAAAAACUGGACGAGAAGACUUCGGUAAGGUUUUCAACCAAACCGAUGGAGGAGACAUAUUUAGAAGUUACACUACAUCAGAUUGAAUGUGAGGAUGAAGGUGUAUAUUCAUGCGAAGUUUUCGGAAUGAAUCUGAACGAAAGUUUGGUAAAGGAAUCUAUCCGAGAGGAAUUGAUUGUUAAUUCUUUUGGACGUCAGCCAACCAUAACGUACUUCUCCACAGAGGUUCCUGAUCACAACUUAGUUGUAAGUCCCGGAAGUGACGUCACUCUAUUGUGUAGCGGUCUUGUAGGCAAACCACAUAUGCCGCUCAAAUGGUACCGGUUUAACGAAAAAGCGGGAGUGUUCUUAGAAUUGAAUAGCGGUGUAAGUGAAGAAACUUUGAUGGUUGACAAAGACAAUAUGUGUUCUUACAACGGGAGCAGAUACUUAACUUAUACCGCGGAUUACGAAGAAGGAGAGACUACUUUUCGAUGUCAAAUCGGACCGUUUUUUGACAUCAUCACCGUUAUGACAACGGAAUCAGAUAGUAAAAGCUUUUAUAGCAUGUUCAAUAGAGACCUACCUAAUCUUCAAACGGUUAUGGGCAGUGGAAAGGCAAAAGGUCUAUUGCUCAACAUCAAUCCAUCAAAGGUGCAAUACCAGGGUGAUUUCGACGUCACAAUAAAAUGUUCCGUUGGAGAUUUGGCCGAAAACCUGACACGACUUGGAUAUCUUCAACUUCUAAAAGAAGGUCCAGUUUCUUUGAAACGUCCAUACCUAACGCUAACAGCUAUGAAUGGAACAGAACCAGAGUGGGGAACCGGAAUAGAUAGCCAGAAACUAGAUAUGAAAAGUACGAUUACUUAUAGACAAUAUCCUCCAGAAGAGGCUUUCCUUCAGGUGACUCUACACCGGAUGGAAUGUGACGAUGAAGGAAUCUAUACCUGUGUUCUUUUUGGAAUUGACGAUGACAAUAACAUAAUGCAGAAAACUGUCAGAGAAGAACUAUCAAUCUAUACGUAUGCUGGUGAACCGUGGAUUUCUAUAAAUGGCCAGACGUUUCCAACAAAGGAAGUUCAUGUUUCCCCAGGCAUCAAUCUGACUUUGACGUGUGCUGGGCCAGUAGGGAAACCACAUGUACCUGUACAGUGGUACAAAUACGAUAUGAUGGCUGGAACGUACAUCUACACUACGGAAGGAGUCGCUACAGAAUCACUUGACUUACCCAUGGACCAUCUUUGCCGAUAUACGGGGACAUCCAAGAUAACAUUUUUCACGACGACUCUUGAGCAUGAUGUGACUUACGAAUGUAAGAUAGGGGCUUUUGCGGACACUAUUACCGUUGUCAUGGAUGGAGGACCAAACGAUAUAUCACUGAUGAGAGAUCAUCAGAAAAAACAAAUGAAAGAAGAAAUCAAUGUCGCAGAGGUACCCAAAGGUUCUAGAGUUCUGUGCAUAUUCUUAAUAAUAGUUGGCUUCCUCAACAUUCAAAAGGAGUAA